UGAACGUUGGCAAAGCGUGACGACAUAUUGAUAAUAAAGGGAAGCACAAAACCCAGUCCAUAUUCCUCUCGAUUUGUAUUUACUUAUUAAAGCGUGAUAUGAUUCAGGUAUGCAGAAGCGCUUUACAUGAACGUGUCUGUGUAAUUCUGUCUACAGGCAUUUUGCAACGUGGCUUUAGAAAUGGCGACAACGACAAAUUACAAAUCAUUAAGUUUGGUGUGCAUUUGUGCACUCGUCAUUUCGUUUUUAGCUUCAAAAUGUUGGGUUUUGACAAAGGAGAACACUUAUCUGAUAGAGAUUGUUGACAGCAAGGAUAUAGAUAACAACAACUUUGCAAAAGAGCUCGAGGAACAGAAAACCAAACUCGAAGAUGCGAUCAAGCUCAAGGAGGCGGCGGAGGGGGAGAGGAAUAAAGCGUCAGAAGCAACGGACAAAUUGAAAAAGGAGAAGGAUAAAUUAAAUUCUGAAAAGGAGGGGGCAGUUAAAAAGAGAGAUGAAUUACAGAAAGAAUUGGACGAAACGAAGGGAACUUUAGACAAAACGAAAGCUGAACUCGAAGAGUCGAAGAAGAAAGUUGAGGAACUAGAAAAAGCGGCUACAGAUAAGAAGAAAAAGAAGGAGGAAGUAAAGGAAGAAGAAAAGAAAGAAACGUAGCCAGAUGGGAUGAAGAGUAUAUAAGAUGAACAUUCCAGGAAAAGCCUAACACUCUAACAUAUUUUUAAAGGGACCUACUUUGUAUCGUCUGGGCCCCGUGGCAUAAAACUUUUUACCUGAGAAAACUCAGGUUGUUUUUACCAGAGUUUUUGCCCUGUGUUUAAGUCAAUGGAAAAAAUCAGGCUAACCUUAGUUUUCAGUUUUUACCAGAGUUUUCUCAGGUAAAAAGUUUUAUGCAACAGGCCCCUGGUCGGAACAGUUUUUGCUGUGUCUUUGUUAUUUAACUUUAUUUUUAUUUGGGGGUAUUUUCAUGCAGCAUUAUGAUGACUUAGUUUAGGUUACGUGAGGUGACCAGGUAAAAAAAAUAGUUCAAAAUGUAACACAGAAUGAGAAGUAUCCAGUUCCUAACGCUUAAAUGAAGAUAUAUAAAUAUUUCACACAUAUCUCUUUAGCUCCAUUGAUAACUGCAUUAUCAAUAAUAGUCAUGCAUAAUCAUGAUGGUAGUAAAGUUACAAUAAUCGUUGACACAAAGAAGCCCCUGGGGAUGGAAUAUAUUACAACAUGGUGAAGUCUUGUAAUGAAAUACAUAAGAUGUUAUGUUGUUACAAAAUUCAGAAUUAAUAGCAAACUAAUAGCAAACUGCAAAUGAUAUUGGUUACUCAUCAUGAAAUUUCCUCCAUCUCUCCAUCUCUUUUCUCACUGUUUCUCCACUUCUCUCACUCACGCUCUCUUUCUCCACUCCAAUUUCCGCCCCCCCCCCCUCCCCCAGAGGCUCCAUGGCUCUAUUGCCCCCCCAUAACUUUCUGCCACAGUUUCUCAUAUUAUGCACCGUAAACAUGGUCAAUGUGUCAAUCAAAAAGUUGCCCUUUUUUAUAAAGGUGUGCCUUAAAAUAAUUAUGAUAAAUUUCUGUCCCCCCAAAAUAUGCAUGCCUUUUCAUUUAAGAUUAUUUGUUAUUAAUUCAUGCCAUGUAUAUACUUGACACUGAUAUUGAUUAGUUUUUGUUUUAUUACUUAUGUUGGAAACCAAAAAUCAACUAUCCGACAUGUUUAUUUUUGCAAGGUAUGCACAGCAAAAACUGUGGUGUUAACCGGUGUACAUAGAGGACCACACCAGUUGUUUUACACCGGUGUUAAAUUGGUGGUGUUAGUUUUACAGCCAUAGGUGUUAUUACAACACCUUUGGUUGUUAUAUUAACACUCUUUGGUGUUAUGUUCAAUCUCUAGGGUGUAGUUUUAACACCUCAGGGUGUGGUCCUCUAUUAACACCAACUGGUGUAGUUUUAACACCACAGUUUUUACAGUGUGCUGGGGGGCUCUCCCUUAUAUGCCUAUUUAUUGUACGUAUUUUAUAUGUAUUUGAUGAGCCCUGUCCCCCUGUGCAUAAGUUUAACUUGUCAUAUAUCUGUGAAUAAGUUUGACACUUCUUGCAAUACAACUAAUCAAGGAAUUGCACCGUUUGGGUGGGAUAUCGUUUAACGAAAUGUGACAAACACAGAAAUAUUUUUUUUUCUUGCUCUUUUCCAUGCACUUUUCCUGCUUUUUUCAUUUUAACUCACUCUAUACGCCUCAACCAGCACACGCCAUUUUUGCGUAUGUAUCACACGAGCGCCCUAGGGCCUGCCGUCUAGUUUGUCAAAUAGAGGGAUUGUUAUUAGCCCUUUAUUUUUCUGCCAGUUACCUCUUAUUCGUUUGGUGUCUGUGCGCGGUGUGUAAUUUUGUUAUACCGAUUUAUUCUGGGUAUGUCCAUAACAGUACAUCUAAUAACCUUUUCUGGGGAAAAACAAAGAUCAUAGACACGUUCAAGCAGGGCUUCUGGGCCUGGGGGCCGGUGCAAAUGUAGGAAAUUUCAUCGGGGGCAAUACUGGUAUUAUACCUGCCACGUAUACAGAUCGAGACAAAAAAAAUGCAUUUGGACCUUUAAGACCAACUGAAGGAUGUAAAGCUUUAAUAUUGUGCGUCAGAUGUCGCAGACAAUUAUCUUAAUAUUAGGGGUCAAAGUCUACAGCAUUUCUCCAUCAAAAUGCAACCCAACGGUUCGAAGUUAUUGUUGCGUAUAAUCAUCAAUGGAGUAUUGCUCUAUGGGCGAAAUACAGUUAUUGAUGUUGAAAUACUUUAUGAAAAACAAACUUAGGAAAGUUCAGACAAAUUUCGCAUUAUUAUAUGAUGUGGGACAUAUUGAAGCAAGGAUGUUUAUAUUUUACUAAUGAUAAGAGGAUUCUAUGGAGUCAGGGAUUUCGAAACUGCGUGUGAUUGAUUGAAAUAGUUAUUCAUCGGUAAGAACGCGGUGGUACCGGUAAAAUACAACUGGUAUUAAAAUUAUACAUUUGUUGAAACUCAGUAUUGAGUCGUUUCUUCAACAUAUUAAAAGAAAAUAU